AUGUCAGGAAGGGGAAAAGGCGGCAAGGGUUUGGGAAAGGGCGGUGCCAAGCGCCACCGUAAAGUGCUGAGGGAUAACAUUCAGGGCAUCACGAAGCCGGCGAUUCGUCGUUUGGCUCGCCGUGGAGGAGUCAAACGUAUCAGUGGUCUUAUUUACGAGGAGACACGUGGCGUCCUCAAGAUAUUCCUUGAGAAUGUUAUCCGUGAUGCUGUAACCUACACUGAGCAUGCUCGCCGUAAAACUGUGACGGCCAUGGACGUUGUGUACGCCCUCAAGAGGCAGGGGAGGACCUUAUAUGGCUUUGGUGGUUAA